GUGAAGUAGCACAAAAGUCAGUGGAAUUAUACUUAUUUUGCACCAACUGAGGCUAUGACUCUCUUACAAGGCUUGUACAGGUUGCUUUUUUUGAAAAUGAUUUGGAUAUAUAGUAGAACUCUACUCCUUCACACACAGUUUACACCAGAACCAUCCCCCUUCUUGGCAGUGAUUCAGUAGCAGAGAUUAUGGUAAUGAAUUCUCAUGCUGUGAUGUAUUUUAUUUUUAAAAUCUUUUAUAAUCUUUACUGUCAAGUAUUAACAAAGCAAAACUGGGGCCUACUCUUCAUGCUGAGUACAGUUGCUUCCUCCUGACCUAAAUAGGAACUGAGAGCACCGCAUGCCCUGCAGCUCCCCCAGUCAAGCUGUGUAGCAGCUCCUUUAAAAUUCUACCCUUGUUACCUUCAGGGUGCUGAAUUUCCUCCAGAGGAAGGAGAGGGAGAAGUCUCCCGUGAGCCUCAACUGUGUUAAUUCAGAAAGUUAUAGGCAUCCUUUUCUUAUUUUUUUUCCAAAUACAGGCUAAUCGUUGGUUCUUUUUAUUAUUCAGUCUUUUUGCUAAAAUGUGAAUUCUUUCCCCCUCUGGAAGCCUCUUUUGAUUAAAGUCAGAAGGGCAAACCCAUGCCUGGGGGGUCUUCCUUUCCUCACUGACUAUUUGAUCGUGUUUUGGUGUUCUCUACUUUUCCAGCUGGAGAACUCCACUGUGGAGUUCUCCAGCUCACUUUUUCCUGCUCAGCCUCAAUAAGCAAACUUGUAAAGACAGUCACUGCCAAAAGAAUCUUUGAAUUUCAGAACCCUUUGAAAUGAAGUUUUAAAUGCUUCCACAUGCAACGCUAGGCACAAAGCUACAACCCCUUUUGAACUCUGCCUUAAUGGGUGCCAGUAACUUCAGGGCUUUGGUUUCCCUGGUGAGGACUAACAGUAACAUAUUCAGAAGUGCUUAGGACUCCUGAUUAGUAUCAGGUGCUCUCUAUGGCCCGGGUCCAUAAAGGCUUCUAGGUGCCCUAUUGAAAGGAAAGGGACCUUUGUGGACGUAGGGCUAAGUGCCUGCAUGCCUUCUUGAAAAGAUGUGAAUGCUAUGGAAAACUUUGCCCUGGACCAUCCUCCAUGCGGCUGGCACUGGGCAGAGGAAGUCAACGGCACCGCAGGAAGGAGCUCUGUUGCAGAGAACUGUCCUAUUCAUUUCAUGCACAAGAAGCCCGCAGCAUUUGGAGUGCUUCCUCCAAAAAGAAGGAGCGACCACUGACAGCGGCAGUGCAACGGAUUGUCUCUCCUCCGGUCUGGUAGGUUAUGCGGUAACGAUGGAGGCUUCAGAUGAGGAAAACUUUGGUGUAGCCAUCUCCUCCCCUUCUGAUGCAGAGUUUGAUGCAGUUGUUGGGUAUCUGGAGGAUAUUAUAAUGGAUGAUGAUUUCCAGUUAAUACAGAGGACUUUUAUGGAGAAGCACUACCAGGAGUUUGAUGACUCAGAAGAAAACAAGCUCAUCUAUACUGCUAUUUUUAAUGAAUAUAUCUCACUAGUAGAGAAAUACAUUGAAGAAAAACUACUUGAUCGGAUUCCUGGUUUUAAUAUGACAGCUUUCACAAUGUCAUUGCAACAGCACAAAGACGAAAUGGCAGGUGAUAUAUUUGACAUGCUUCUCACAUUUACUGACUUCCUGGCUUUCAAAGAAAUGUUCUUGGAUUACAGAGCUGAAAAAGAAGGUCGAAGUCUGGAUUUAAGCAGUGGAUUAGUGGUGACAUCAUUAAACAAAUCAUCAAUAUCCUCCUCCUAGAACAGUUCAUGCACUACUUUCCUUUUCCAGAUGAGUGCUACUGCUUUCAUUUGGACAUUAAAACACUAAAGGUCACAAGAAUCAAGGUGCUUUUACAUGAUGAAAACUUUCACCCUCCAGUCUAUGCUGUCAGAUACCUGAUCCUAGAAACACGUUGGUAUUCAAUAACCACAGAAGAAGGAAAUUUCAACCCUACCACUGUAAUUGUUUUUAAUAAAUACAUAGUAUUUGUGCACCAUUCUAAUUGUUGCACACAGUGAGAAGCUCAGCACGCUGAGGGCAAUAGAUAGGGCUGUACGUGUGUUUUAUGGGUUGACAUCUUAACCAUCUCCCCAGAAGGCAGAACUUCUCAGAAUCAAGAAGGUAGUGUAAAAAGUGUGUCUGUCCAGCUCUUGGAAGGACAGAUGCAAAUACAUAAUGCUGAGUUUCUCCUUGUCAAUGCCUUUUUUCUUUUUUUUUUUUUUUUUAACUUUAUAUGAUCUUGCGUGCUACGGCUUUCUAGUGGAGGAAUAUAUUUUAGUAUGUAGAUGUUCCAGCAUGAGACUGCCUCCCUGCUCUGUGAGAAUUGAUAUGCUAGUGUGCAAAUCUGUCUGCUCUUUGGCUAAAGUAAGUCUCAUCCUUAACGUGUGAAGUUCUCUGUUUCACUUUUGUUCAGGCCCCAGCUAUUCUACACUGAAAAAAUAACCGUGAAAAAUCCAAAUCUGGCCUAUGUCUGUAGUUUCUUACUUUCCGUUUGGCAGUGGCAGAGCUGUGUUCGUUCUAGUACUGUAGGCAUGAUGGUAGAUCAGGCACAGCCAUGUUUACCAUCAUGUCAUUUACUGCUCUAAAUAGCAUGCUGAUGCAAAUGCAUGUUUUUGCUCUCGAACUGUUGGCAACAUUAACAAAGCAACACAUUUUUCGACAUGAGUUGAAAAAUAGAUGAGUUGCUUGCUAGUGGAGCUGCAGCCAUAAGCCUGUCACAAAAUCCCAGCUGCAUCUCUGAUGGCGCUCGGAGUUAAAAUGUAUUUGAAGCUACAAUGAGCCGCUGUUCUUAUGCUGUUCAGACACAUUAAGCAGCAGAUUAAUGACAUGCUCAGGCAAAGCAAGUACAUCUUUAAAAGUGUAAGAGUAGACAGAAACACAGAGUGCGUGAUUGAUGCCGCAGGGGAGAUGGGCCGCAGUGGUGGUGAAGGUGCUGGUCAGCGGCUGUUGCCUGAUGAGAACCUAGAUGGAGCUGAACUGUGGCCAGGCCAUUACCAGUUUUUGUUUGUGGACAGGAAAUGUCUACCAGGACAAACGAGAUGAAAUGCUGUUCCUGUUGACCUCUGCCAGUCAUUUCAACGGUACUAGGCUUUUAUUCUUGAACUGAAAUAGUUCUUUUGAAUACCAGUGAGGAAUCCUUGCCACACAGGCGUUUUCCAUGAGCACAGAAAUCAGUGCUCUGAUGUGCACAGGCAAAGGCAGUGUGCACAAGAAGAGGCAGUGCUCUGAGGCGCUUAUUCCCAGUGAAGGAAAAAAAAAAAAAAAAAAGAAAACAUUGGGUUGUGUUUUGAAUACAAACUAGAUGCAGCUUCCUUCCCAUUUGAAUCCUGAGGUUAAAAUUGCAGAGUUUAAGACGGAUCUAGUUGGCUUUCUGCUGUUAGUGUAUGGACUGGAGCUCUUAAGUUAACUUCUUGCCUGUGACUUUUUAAUGACAGCAGCAGAUUUGAUCAUCUUUUAAAAGAAUUCUUUUGAAAUAUUUUAAUUGUUAAUUGUUGAGCUAAAAUAAUUGUUUGCAACUAAAACUAAAAAUGUUCCUGACAUUUUUUUACUGGAAAGAUAUUUUUUCUUCUUUUUCUGUUACAAUUGCUCUAGAUGAUUAUGUAAAAUAACAGCAGUCUGAAUGAAUACCUCAGACAGUUCCUUACUGGAGGGAGUUUGUUGUAUUUUAAGCAAGCUCUCUUGUAAUUGCUAUGGUUGAAUUCAUAUAUUGAUGGGGACUUGUGUCUCAGUGUUAACUGUAUACCAAAGUCACUAUUCACCAUUUCACAGAAGUGUGGUGCUUCAUUUCUUGCUGCUGAUAGAUCUGUACUAUUCUGCUUUCUUAACUCACUAAUUCACAAUUUAGCAUUUUCAGAUUAAUUUAUUUUGUAAAAUAACAUAAGUAGCAUGUUAAAAUAGCUUUAACAGCUUAGUUGUGAGGUGGGGGUGUAGUUAAGCUCUCUGUAUUAUGAAGGUUUUUCACAGCCAAAUACAGCCAUUCAUGCUGUUUGUAGGUAUUCAGGUGUAUCAAUAACAUCUCAUAAUGAAGUUUGUUGUUGUUGCUCCUUUUUCAUUUCAAUUUUAGAACACAGUCUUCACCACAAAAGUUUGCAACAAAACUCCCCCAGUUUGAGUGGAGCCAUUCAGACAGAAUCCUUUCUGCUUCUAUACUGCUCUUCUAUAUGUGAAGAAUAUAUUCUAUAUUUCUCAUCUCUCUGUGACACUUCCAUGACUAGUCUCUGGCUCGAUGUGUUUUCCGUCACGCAGAGGGUCUUUUUUAAGAGAUUAAAUUUCUAUAUAUGAUGGAC